CUAAAAAUUAAAAUAAAAUCUCUCUGUUUCAGAAGUUUAACGUGGACGGUGACGAUGAGCUUUCUGAACCCUCCGAUGAUGGAGCCUUCGCAGCCCCAAAAUCCCGACGACUACUCUGCUGCAACGACGAUUAUCACCUUCCAACGUCCAAUUCCUCUUCUUCGCGGACCAAUUCGAGCCGGUCGAUCUGAAAAUCCAUCGGCAGGUCCGUACUUGCUUGCAUUUAGAGAUCCUCAAGCUUGGGAAUCUGCCUACAAAAUCUGCGAGUCUAAAAUCAUCGAACAAUGCGAGGCCGGCGCGAGGAUCGGUUGCUCAAUAACUGCUAUCAACAAAUGCAAGCGGCCGUGGUGGAGUUUUUUGAUACAGUCGAAGAAAGGGCUGGAUUUGAAGGAUAGGGAGCAGUGCGAAGAGCGCGAAAUGGAGGCUUGUUUGGCUGGCGCGAAGGAGAAGUGUGUCGGUUUUGCGAAGGAGAAGUGUUCUAAACCGUUCAUGGAAGCUAGAAUUGUAGCGUGGGGGAGAAAUAUAACAGAGAAGGAGGCGAAGAUGUGGAUUUGUUGGGCUUCAAUGGCUGAUAAAAAAUUUUAUGCCCCUUCGUUUGAGAUCGGCCGAAAGUUUUCUGGAGUUGGUCUUGAGAAGACGACUCAUCGGGCUAAUGAGUUGUUUGACAAUUAUUUUUCUUGAAUGGGUGCUAGUGACGCUGUAUCAUUUAAUGGUUGCCUUUCAUGGGGGGAUUUUGAUGGUAAACUCUGUGUAUCGCCACAAACAUUUGAUAUGAAGGAUUUUUUUUUUAAAGGUCUGAUCUGGUGGAGCAUGUACGGUAGACGAACAACUGUUGCAAUGGCUCAAUCGAAGAUGGACGAUAUGAAGAACAGUUUCUUGCAUAUGCCUAAUGCUGUUAGACGGCCAAACAUACCACAAUUUACGGGUGUUGGAUCCCAUGAAUCAAAAUUAAUAGUCAAGCAUAAUAGCUUGAGUUGGGCCUUUUGAUCUAGUGCUGAUUCAACAGUCAACACCACAUAAAAACCCAUUCUUCGUGAUGAAAUCCUUAUUAAGUAAUGACUACGGCGGACAAUGCAUCCAAAUUAAAGCAGCUGCUCAGUGCAUAAUUUGAUUCUGAUCCUUUAUGGCUGCUGUGAUUAAAUCAAUGUGAGUUUGACGAAAAUGGUUUGCUUGAUUGAUUUAGACUGUAUGGCAGAUUGAUUGGAAUUUAUGGAAAUUGAUACUCAUUUCCACCUAAUAACUCAAGGUACAAUAUAUAUGUAUGAAGAUGA